CCUCGACCCCGACAUCCUCUUUUUACCCUCGCACCCCCGCCGUCUUCUCUUCGCACCCUCUCUGCAGCACCUUAACGCAGCAUUCGAUUCUAUUCGGCCAUCCAGUGCUCUUUAUCGCGCUCGGCCCGCCGCAACGCUCUCGACCUUCGUCGCCCGUUGCUUUUUAGCGCCGGCCGAAGCGAGUCCGCGCUGCCUCAUCCAGACUCCGCACAGCACACCUACACGCUGCAGUCGAUACAGCGGCUUCCUGUCGACAAUUGACUGCGCUCAACCUGACCAGCACGUCGACUGUCUCUGGGCUGCCGUCAUCGCAAUUUCCCAAACAAACGCCGCCGCCGACCGUGCCCGUUAGCCUCAGCGGACCCAUCUCGAGAAACUUCACGCGAUUUCACGCGUCAUAGCGCUCGACAAGUAUAUACACGGUCGUCGAAGGCCUUGCGAGCCGUGCCCGCCAUGGCUGCAACGCGUCGACAGGCGUCCUUGCAGAUUUUUCAAGACCCCCUUCCACCUCAAGACCACGAAGUCGCCGCCUACGAUCCGCACUAUCUAGACGCCUUCCCCUCCGUGACGGACGUAUCUACCGACUCCCACACCCUCCUGGCACCGCCCCCGGCCUUUGCACAUGCGUCGUCGCCACGAAAGACUCGUCACGUCUCCAGCUCUCCGCCGCCAAGCGCCCUCGCCGAGAAAGGCCUCAACACCGUGUCGCUCCCACCUCCCAAGGAGCAGGAAUUUCAGACAGACGCGCCCGUGAAGAAGGCACGGCGACCCAUCUCACGACAGGCGAAUGUCAUGGCGGAUGGAGCAAACUUCUUCGCAAACUUCCCAUCCCAAGGCGACAAGGAGAACAUGUACACCGUCCAGGACUCGAGCCUCCCCCCUCUGCGCGCAGCGGAUCCACCAGUGAAGCCGGGAAACAAGCGUACGCUCAUGGACGCGGCGCCCCUCCGUGACCGAAGCAAGAAGCAGAAGGUGCGAGAUGUCCGCGUCGUUGAGGAAGACGGACCCUUGCCAGAGCCGAGCGAGAUGCCCGCAGUCGAUGAUGACGGAAACAAGCCGCCAUACAGUUAUGCGAACCUGAUUGGCAUGGCUAUCCUCCGAGCUCCCAGCCGGCGACUGACCCUAGCCCAAAUCUACAAGUGGAUCUCCGACUCCUUCGCCUUCUAUCGCAACACCCAGGAUACCGGCUGGCAGAACAGCAUCCGCCACAACUUGUCUCUCAGCAAGUCGUUCUCAAAACAGGAGCGCCCCAAGGAUGAUCCGGGAAAAGGCCACUACUGGGUCAUCAACCCGGGCUUUGAGAAGCAGUACCACAAGAUCAAGUCUAACCGUCGACCCACUAACCCUGAUGGCUUUGUGCCGGCUUAUCCCAGCGACUUGGCACGUCCAACGACGUCGGCGUCUGCCACUCUUCCUCCCCUGAGCUCUAGCAAGGGCUUUGACUCGAGCAAAUUUCCAGAGGAGACAGAGCUGUCAUCCGACGCCACGAUUCCCUGCUCGGAUCCCGCCGCACACGAUGGCCACAACCCAGGUGCUAUGCCUCCGCCGCGCCAGAUCCAGUCAUCACCGCCACCGGCAGACAUCCAUUCGUCUCCGCCGGCGCCGGUUUCCCGCUCUAUCCGCCAGGACACGCCACCGCGUGCUCCUCUCUUCCCUUCCCACAGCCGGUCUGGCGGACGGAAGCGGAAGUUUGGCGGCCUUGGUGACAGCGGUUACUAUUCUUCGAUCGAAUCUUCCGCCAUGAAGGCCAACCCACUCGGACCUUUGCUCACAUCUGACGCUGAUCUCGAACGUCCUAUCAUGAAGCGUGGACGGGCCGAGGAAGAGAUUGCUCGCAUCCGGGGCUCAUCUUACGAUUCUCCAUCCAAGGCACGGCCCUAUAUGAAGCAACCUGGUGGUGGCUCAGUUGUCUCCUCGCCUUUCCGCGCGAGCGACAACAAUGAUGGUCCGCUUACUCCUGCUAUUGUCUUCAAGCGCCCUGCCCUACCACCAGCCUCCGCGUCUCCCAACACCAACUUGCGCAAUCACCGAAACAAGAUGCGCGAGCUUGUGGGUGGAUCGCCCGACAAGAGCCUGCCCAUGUGGGUUGAUACGUCGUUUCUUGACAACAAGACGUGGAGUCCCGCUGUCCAGAUUCCGAAUGAAGAUAACGUCAAUCUUGUGGGCCACGGCUUCGAGAGCAGCUUUGACAUCUUUGGCGACUACGAUUAUCAGGCCAGCCCGUUGAAGCCGAGCGCUAAGCGUCCUCGUCUCGAACGCGCUGCUACCACGACCGGUAUCCUCGCCGACAUCACCGGAGCGAAGUCAAACCUCACCAACUCUCCGACUCCGAACUGGAAGCUGUCCUCGUCGUUCCUCAAUAUUCCCAACCUGUCUCCUGCCCGCAGCGAGUCCCCACUCAAGGCACCGCUGCUGAAGCCUCCGACUUCUGCUCCGCUUCCAGACUUCUCUCUGCCGAACUUGGACAAGGAGAAUGGACGCACUGGCCUUACGCCGCCGCAGUCUUUUGAUGUUCCGGCACAGAAACGAGAUGAUGACGAUGAAAUCUUCCGCCUGCUGCACAGCGACGAGUCUGAGCCUGGCAUCGACUUGCUUCAGGGCUUCGAGAAGAUUGGAGCGAGAACCUCAGCCGUGGCACCAAACGGAUCUCCGCAGAAGAUCCCGAGGCCUGGUCUUGCCCGCAGCUCGACCACGCGGUUUUAGACAGUGUCCUUGGAGGCACGGCCUGGGGGAUUGUUGAGCUGGCCUGCCACCGUCCGCCUCCCCACCCUUCACCGCGGCUUGAGAUUUCCACUGGGUCGAGG